AUUUCAAACUCAGAAUACAAAAUCCUAAACACUUCACUUCUCUCUCUCUAAAACUUUCUCUCUCAACAAAACAUGCAAAGGAUGACAGUUAAUAGACCCAAGGACGAAGCAACCGCCACCGCCACCACCGUCGGACACCACCAGUUCAUCCCGCAGCCGCCGUGGCGCCGCCUUACUAAUGAUGAAGAAGCUUUGGUUAUGGUUAAUGCUUUGAAGAAUGUAAUAAUGGGAGGACAUCAAAAUGGAUAUGAUCUUAGCUUGCUGUCACAGCCUGAGUACCCCACUGCUACAAAUAGGUUCGCAGCAUUGGGGUACUCUGUCCCUGUUACAACAAGUGUAACAGGUACAACAGGGACUGUUAAUAUCCCAGAUACCUGUCAGGUUUGUAAAAUCAACGGGUGUCUGGGAUGUAACUACUUUCAUGAUGAUAUGAAUUUAAAGGGUGUUGGUAUUGGUAUUGGUAUCGGUAUCAGUAGCGGUGCUGGUAAUGGAAAUAAUGCUGGAGCGGGUGGUCCGAUAAAGAAAAAGAAGAAGAAUUACAGAGGAGUAAGACAACGGCCGUGGGGAAAAUGGGCAGCGGAGAUACGGGACCCGCGAAAAGCGGCUCGGGUGUGGUUGGGGACGUUUGAGACAGCAGAAGCGGCUGCACGGGCGUAUGACAGGGCAGCUAUAGAAUUCAGGGGACCUCGAGCGAAGCUUAAUUUCGCAUUUUCUGAUUACACGUCGUCGUCGCCAGUGGCUGAGAGUACUCAGCCAGUGGCAACCACGCGCAGAGAAAAUCAGAAUGUAACAAGAAAGAAGCUGGAAAACAACAGUCGUCGGAAAAUGGAUGUGGCCGAAGAACUGACGGUGCCGGAGUAUAAACCGGUUGUGGAAAAUGAUAUUUUGGAAGUAAUGGGGGAAGAUGAUAUUCAAGAAUGGGUGACGAUGAUGAUGGAUUUUAAUGGUGAUUCUUCUGACUCGACCCUUAGUGGGACUGUUUAUAGCGUUUGAAGCAUAAUAAAAAAUAGGUUGACCAAUGAUUUGGUCAAAACUGUAACUCAAUAGUUAUAGUUAUUUAGUGUUAUAGAGUUUAGACUCAUUUUCUAUAUAGUUGCAAAUUUGCAAUAAAUUUUUUGUUUGAUAAA